UAUGUAUUUCUGACAUCAAAGACGGCAAUUUGCCAAAUGCUUUACGAUGUGCGAGGCUGUGUUGUAGAAGUUUAAUAGACCGAUUGGCAUACUUUGAAGAUACUCAGGAAGGCGUUUAAGCAAAUUAAACAUGGUAGUACCGCGCUUCGCCCUAUAAGCGCCCGGCAGCUUUAUGCUUUACCAAUCAAUUGGUACAGUGAAACACAGCAGACCUGCAGUCUCGCCUGCUUUCGGAGAAACAGGGAUCACUCUACAAUGUCCUAUCCUCAAUUCGGAUAUCCUUACUCGUCUGCACCACAGUUCCUGAUGGCCACCAACUCUUUGACAUCUUGCUGCGAGUCGAGCACCAGAUCCAUCUCGGAUUCCUCUGCGCAGACGCCCGUGUACUGUCCAAUGUAUGAAAGCAGACUGCUGGCCACUGCCAGACAUGAGCUCAGCUCCGCCGCUGCGCUGGGAGUCUAUGGAAACCCCUACACAAGCAGUCAAGGCUAUGGGAAUUAUGUUACUUAUGGAGCCGACGCCUCAGCUUUCUACUCUUUGGGAACAUUUGAUGCCAAGGAUGGAAGUGCAUCUGCGCAUGCGGGAAUAACACAGGCUGCUGCCUAUUACCCAUAUGAUCCCACACUGGGACAGUACCAGUAUGACAGAUACGGAUCUAUGGAGGGAGGAACCAGAAGAAAGAAUGCCACCCGUGAGACAACGAGCACAUUAAAAGCAUGGCUUCAGGAACACAGGAAAAACCCCUAUCCCACCAAAGGCGAGAAGAUCAUGCUGGCAAUCAUCACCAAGAUGACCCUCACACAAGUGUCCACAUGGUUCGCCAAUGCUAGAAGGAGACUCAAGAAGGAAAAUAAGAUGACAUGGCCACCAAGAAACAAGGGCUCUGAGGAUAGAAAAUAUGAAGAUGAGGAUGAGGAUGGGACACAAGAAGAUCAAAUCAAAAGUGAAACCAAUGAUGAUGAGAGCAAAAGUCGAGAGGAAAAGGAACUUCAGUUGAGUGACUUGGAAGACUUCGACACCAUCGAGUCGGAGAGCUCCGAAUGUGAACUCAAACACCGCUUUCUCGUGAACACGCACAUGGCGACCACAGAUGAUCGCCUCAAAGAAACCUCUCCAAAACUUUCCAUUCCUGGUCUGCUUGAAGCUGACCGCGAUUUAUCAAAAAGCUGCAUUAAAACGACCGUGGGAGACUGCGAACAUGACAUCGGUGACCUGCGACAUGCCAAAAUGUGUUUCCAGCAGCAGGGCCAUCCGUUACUGGACAGCAAACCCCGCAUCUGGUCUCUGGCCCAGACUGCGACCUCAUUGAACCCAACAGAGUACUCCUCAUGUAUGCUUAGAUGUCAAGCAUCUCCCUCGGCUUCCUCACCUGUAAACGGUCUGGACAGACAGCAGGAUUCGCCGGUGACCACUCUCAGAAACUGGGUAGAUGGAGUUUUUCAUGACCCCUUGUUUAGACACAGCUCCUUAAACCAAGCACAGACAAACACUACAGUUUCUUGGACCACCACAACCAAAGGGUCUAUCUUAGAGACAGGAGCCCUUGGGCGCUCCAUAGGGAGCAACAAUGUGAUAAAAACACAGCAGCAAGAGGCCAGUAAGGACAGUAUGACAUUUCCAAAGACGGUGAAUAAAAUAUUCUGUUCCUAGCACAACAGAUUUUUCAUAGGAACCGAAGUGGACUGUUUGGACUAGCAGCUAAUAACAGUUAACAAAUGACAGACUGUGAAUUAAUGGGCCCAAAAUAUGUUGGACUUUUUUGUUACAUAAAAUAAUUGCAUUGUCAUGGGACAUUGUAUGUAUUUAUUGCUGUAUUGACAUCUCACUGGUGAGGGUCCCAAAAUGGGAUUGGUUAAUAUUUUCAUUUGUUUGGUUGACAUUUGUAACGCACGUUGAGCUUAUGUAAAUGAACAAUUGGAAGUCUCUGUUCUGAAAGACUGAGAAAAGUUUACAAUCUAGUUUUGUUUCGCAUUUCAUUUUGUCUUUGGCAUGCAUAUGUUGCUAGAUUUUAUUGGGUAUUCUUUUAGAAGAACUCUGACCUUGUCGCAAUUGCUCAUGAGUGUCACUGUUAAGAAAGUACUAUCGCACAAAUGCACAAAUCUCCUUGAAAUCGGGGAAUGUUCAAAUCUACUCACUAUA